AUGGCAGCCUCCUUCUGGCUCCGCGGAGCCGCCUCCGGCCUCCGGGCCUGGAGCCGCCGGCAGCGGCCGGCAGCGGCCAGCCUUGCAGCGGUGUGUUCUAGGUCAAUGGCCUCUAAGACUCCAGUUGGAUUUAUUGGACUCGGCAACAUGGGGAAUCCAAUGGCAAAAAACCUUAUGAAACAUGGCUACCCACUCGUUAUUUAUGAUGUGUUCCCUGAUGCGUGCAAAGAGUUUCAAGAAGCAGGUGAACAGGUAGUGUCUUCCCCAGCAGAUGUAGCUGAAAAAGCUGACAGAAUUAUUACCAUGUUGCCCACCAGUAUGAAUGCAAUAGAAGCUUAUUCCGGAGCAAAUGGAAUUCUGAAAGAAGUGAAGAAAGGCUCACUAUUAAUAGAUUCCAGUACUAUUGAUCCUUCGGUUUCAAAAGAAUUGGCCAAAGAAGUUGAGAAAAUGGGAGCAGUUUUCAUGGAUGCCCCUGUUUCUGGUGGUGUCGGAGCUGCUCGGUCUGGAAACCUCACGUUCAUGGUGGGAGGAGUCGAAGAGGAAUUUGCUGCUGCCAAGGAGUUGCUGAGCUGCAUGGGCUCCAAUGUGGUGUACUGUGGUGCUGUUGGGACUGGACAGGCUGCAAAGAUCUGCAACAACAUGCUGUUAGCUAUUAGUAUGAUUGGAACCGCAGAAGCUAUGAAUCUUGGGAUCAGGUUAGGGCUUGACCCAAAACUGUUGGCUAAAAUCCUAAAUAUGAGCUCAGGACGGUGUUGGUCAAGUGACACGUACAAUCCUGUACCUGGGGUGAUGGUCGGCGUUCCCUCGGCUAAUAACUACCAGGGUGGAUUCGGAACAACACUCAUGGCUAAGGAUCUGGGAUUGGCACAGGACUCCGCCACUAACACAAAGAGCCCGAUUCUCCUGGGCAGCCAGGCCCAUCAGAUCUAUAGGAUGAUGUGUGCAAAGGGCUACUCGAAGAAGGACUUCUCGUCCGUGUUCCAGUUCCUGCGAGAGGAGGAGAACCUCUGA